CAUUAGACGGACAGGAAGAGGAGCGCGCAUGUGUAUCCCAAAUAAAAGAAACGAGCUUGGGCGAGAUUGAGGCGUUGUUUCUCUUUGGCCUGCCGGCGAGUAUCCGGACGACGCCAUGGGGAAAUUGAACGUAGUUUUACUCCGAUACCUUUCUCGGGAUCAUUUUAGGGUCCUCAUUGCGGUAGAAAUGGGCAUGAAGAAUCAUGAAAUAGUCCCUCCCAGUUUGAUUGCCUCCAUUGCCAGUCUUAAACACGGGGGUUGUAAUAAAAUUCUGAAAGAAUUAACAAAACACAGACUUAUAGCUUAUGAACGAACUAAAACUGUCCAAGGUUAUCGAUUGACUAAUGGAGGGUAUGAUUACCUUGCCUUGAAAACACUGACUUCCCGAGACGUGAUCUGUUCUGUUGGAAACCAAAUGGGUGUUGGAAAAGAAUCAGAUAUUUACAUUGUUGCAAAUGAAAAAGAAGAGCAACUUGCAUUAAAACUGCAUAGGCUUGGGAGGACCUCCUUUCGGAACUUGAAAAACAAGCGUGAUUACCACAAACACAGACACAAGAUGUCAUGGCUCUACCUUUCGCGUCUGGCUGCAAUGAAAGAAUUUGCCUAUAUGAAGGCUUUGUAUGACCGGCAGUUUCCUGUUCCAAAACCAUAUGACUACAACAGACAUGCAGUAGUAAUGGAACUUGUCAAUGGCUACCCACUAUGUCAAGUGCGUCAUCUUGAAGACCCUGCCUCCCUAUAUAAUGAGUUAAUGGAAUUAAUUGUAAAACUUGCCAACCAUGGCUUGAUCCAUGGUGACUUUAAUGAAUUCAAUCUCAUAUUAGAUAAUAAAGACCAGGUUACAAUGAUUGAUUUCCCACAGAUGGUAUCAACUUCUCACCCAAAUGCUGAAUGGUAUUUUGACAGAGAUGUGAAAUGUAUCCGUGAUUUCUUCAUGAAACGUUUCAGCUAUGAAAGUGAACUAUAUCCAACUUUCAAGGAUGUUAGGAAAGAGUGUUCUCUUGAUGUUGAAAUUUCAGCCAGUGGCUACACCAAAGAAAUGCAAGAAGAUGAUGAAUUACUUUACUUGGAUUGCCCUGAACAUGAGACUCUUAAAACUGAGACAUUUUCUGAUGGACAAGAUCCAGAAGGAGCGAUUGCUUCAUGUAACAGCGAAGAUCAAAUGUCUGAUGGGAACUUCAUACAUGAGGUUAAAAAAGCUUCAGAAGGUUUGCUGCAGAGCCCUGACGAAGAUAGUACAGAUGAAGAUGAAGACAGUUUAGAUUUGCAGGGAUUAAGCUGUGCCUUACAGCAGAUUGAAGGGCAGGUGAUGAUAACUGAAGAGAAGGCUGAUCCUGAAAGCUCUGUCAUUGAUUUUCCUGGUGAUAAGAAGAACAUGGAAAAAUGUACCCAGUUGGAAGACGAAGUGGUUCAUGAAGAUACUGCUGACAAAGAAUAUGAAGAUGAAUGCUCUGGUCUGGUUGAUUUGUCUACAUUCAACAGGGAAUUUAGACCUUUCAGGGAUGAAGAUAGCCUGUUUCAUGUCAAUCAGCACAGGACAAGAACCACUAGUAUGGCUUCAGUAUGGAGCACUACAAGCCAGUCAACAAUUCCUCCUGAAGUGGUAAAACAGAAAGUAAAACGCCAACUAAAUAAACAACAAAAAGCUGCUUUCAGACGACGACUGCAGAAAGGAGAAGCUAAUGUUUACACCAAACAACGGCGGGAAAACAUGUACAAUAUCAAAUCAAGUUUGGAUUCAUCCAGCUUCUGGGAAUGACAUCCUAAGGAGAAAUUUAUCUUUUUUUCUGCCAAAUCAAACGAAUCUUUUAUUUUGAAGAAAUACUUGCAGAGAGGAAACACAAAAAUAAUCACAUCUUCACAGCCUGACACAGGUUUAUGUAAUGUGCUUCAUGACUGUCUUACACAAGUGAGGCAAAUGGCAACUGUCCUUUGUGUAAGACAUCACAACGCAAAUAGUGUCAAUUGCUGUGUAAAUUUGGUCCUUCGCUUAGAAAGUCCAUUGCAUAAGUUUUAAUUGAAGUGAUAUAUUCCAUUCUUGUAUCCUGAGUGGGGUUUUUAGAAACUCCUAAAGUAAUAGGCUAUAUGAGGGUAGGGGGAUAGGACUGAUUUUGAACAAUAGGGUAAAUUAUGGCAGACCUUUCAAGACAGUCCAUAACUUGGUUAAAAGAAAUUGCUACUUAAUUUGACUGUGUUUGAAUUGCCUCGAGGUCUAUGCAAUAGUUGAUAUAAAAUUUUCAAUGAUGCUUGGAUCUUUGAGUUGUACAAAUUUAACACUUGCACUAAAUCUAAAGUUCUUUUUUUACAAAUCCCAAAGGUUAACAAUAUAAAUCCCAUCUGUGUCAGGUAAUGAAAAUGAUAUUGCACAGAGCCUGCGAGAACAUUUCAAAAAGGCAAUGAGGUUCUGCUAAUAUUUUUUCAUAUAUUUAUUCAACAUUUUACUAAAUGGCCUACUGCCAAGGGUCCUGAGCUUAUUUAGAUAAAAUGUUGUGCCUUUACAAUAUAAAAAAAUAAUUGGCAUGUUUGAUUUGAUCUAACAUUAUUUAAGAAAAACAGCAUAGAAAUUUGGAUGCAACCCAAGGAUUUUGAUUUUUUUUAAAAAAUGUUUUCAAAAAAAUUAGAGGAGAACAGAGUUAACAAAAAAUAAAUUAGUACCUGAUGACUUAAGAGAUAAAAAGCUCAGUGGAAUAAGUACUUUAAUCACUUAAAAAGUUACAUGUGUAUCAGAAAGUACUAUUUUAUUAAACAGUAAUUGUUAUUUUUGUGUUAUGAACACUUCUUGCCCUUUAUGAACUUUGUACGAAGAGUGUUUCUGUUAUUUCAAAAAAAGUAAAUUAAAAUUAUCUGGUAUUUUGAAAAACAA